AACUUGCUUACUUUUUUCAAUUUGAGCGCUAGCAUCAGCCUGAAUUGAAUAUUCCAUUCAAAGAACAUGAUGGGACACAGAUCUGUAGAAAGAACUCACUAUUUUCUGGUGGUUUUAGUGGUUCUCAGUGCAUCUAUGUCGUUGGCACUGGGGCUUUCUGUCGCCGAUUGUCGACUCCCUGACUGUAAAGGCGUGACUAGUGAAAUGCCGAAAGGAUUUUCACGCAAGGAAAUUCCACAAAUAGUUUUGGUUACUUUUGAUGACGGUUUCACUGAAAAAAAUAUUAAAUACUACCGAGAAUUGUCAGCGUCUGGAUUAAAAAACCCUAACGGAUGUCCUGUCAGCUUCACAUUUUUUAUUUCUGGUGAAAAUAAUUAUACUUUUUCAAAAGAAAUGUACGACAAUGGGCAUGAAAUGGCCAGUCACACCAUAUCCCAUGCAUUUCCAAUCGCUUCUUGGAGUAAUAAGACUUAUGCCGAAUACCGAGACGAAAUAAACGGAAUAAAAAAGAACCUUGUUGAGAAAUCCGGCAUUCCUGAAAGUGAAAUUAAAGGUUUCCGUUCACCUUUUCUUCAAAUGGGAGGUGACAUUCAAUUUCAGGUCCUGAAAGAUUUGGGUUAUGAUUGGGAUUCUUCGAUAGUUAUGGGCACUGACAGCGAUCAGGACAGGGAACAGUACUGGCCAUUCACACUAGAUACUCCUUUAAAGAAUGAACUCGAACAAGAAAAGUCCAACGGCGUUCCAGGCAAGGCUUGUAUGAAUGAGAAAUGUCCAACAAAAUCCUAUCCUGGCCUUUGGGAAAUACCCGUAAAUCGUUGGUAUGACAAGCAGAAAAAACCCUGUUCUCUCUACGAUGGUUGUGAUCAACCAACGAACAAAGAAGAAUUUGUCAAGUUUAUGAAGGAAGCGUUAUACAAGAAUUAUGAUACAAAUCGUGCUCCGGCUGGUCUGUUUCUUCAUGUGAAUUGGGUUCUUAGUAAACCGUAUAGGUUUGAAGUCUUGAAACAAUACCUAGAAGAAAUUUCUCAAAUGGAAGAUGUUUGGAUAUUGAGCAUAUCAAAGGCUUUGGAAUGGAUAAAGAAUCCGAAGAAAAUGAAAACAAAUUUAGACGUUGACGCUUGGAAUUGUUAAAAUCACAGAGUUUGUUUUCCAGAAGAUUUUUUGAACGUUUUUUUUUUCAUACACUAAUUUUUCUCAGAGUCUCUAUAAUUCUGAUCUAAGCGACUUUGUUAACUUUAUUCUAUUCUACCAGACAAUCUAAAGCACAUGGUGUCAAAGUGUUGGAGGAGUAUAAACACAGACACAAAGACACAUACACACACACACACGUACGCACACACAGAGGUUGGGCCAAAAUUCACGCACAAAAUAAGUUCAACAAACUCCGGAAUUGUCGAAGACAUGUUUCAAUUUUUCUAAACUUAAAUAAAAUAAUAAUGAACAAACGGAUACGCAUGGCUUAGAGGCUAGGGUGGUGGAUUAAAGACAGUAAGAUUGUGGUUUCGAACCCUUGACCGGGCGAUCUGUUGCAUUCUCGAGAAAAACACUUCAAUUUACGUUGCUUGAAAAAUACGAAGAUUGUUGACAAUGCAAAGAAUGCACCACUCUAAGGCAGAUAUAGACCGACUUUACCUGCCAAGAAAAGAGGGAGGCCGUGGACUUUUACAACUGGAAAUAACAAUGAAGAUAGCCACAAUUGGUCUAGACACCUACAUGAAAAACUCUGAUGACUGGAUCUUAAAACUUGUCUUAAAGCAUGAAAACAAGAAAAUAUCAUACUCAGUAACAAAACAGGCAAAGUGAAUUCCAAAUACAACAAAUUCCAGAAAUAGACGUACUAGAAACAAGCGCAGAAAAAAGCUAAGCAUAUGAAAAACCGUGCUAAAACUACUGCCUUAGAUAUUCUGACUGAUAAAUGGCAAGAAAAACUCCUCAAUGGUAAAUACCCAAAGAGAGCUAAUAGUGCCGUUGUUGACAAAGCCCUUACCCAUCAAUGGUUAAUGUCUUCUGGCUUAAAAUCAGAAACAGAAGUGUUUAUCAUAGCAGCCAAAGAUCAAUGCUUACCUACAAGGAACUACCUGGCCAACAUAUUAAAGAACGACAGUAGCCAGCCCAACAUGUCGUGUAUGUCAACAACGAAAUGAAACCAUUGAUCAUGUUGUCUCCAUGUAGAGACUUCUUGCGCCUACAGAGUAUCUCAACAGGUAUGAUAGAGCUGCACAAUAUAUUCACUGGGUAAUUUGAAAAAACCUGGACUUGCCCCAUGAUAAAAAAUGCUUGGAACACAAACCACCUUCAGUUUUUGAAAAUGGUCACAUCUCACUCCUCUGGAACUUCUCCGUUCAAACUGACAGAAAGAUAGAUGCGAAUAGGCCAGACAUUAUAUUUAAAAACUUCAGGCCAGAAUCCUGCCUCGUCAUUGAUAUGACUGUCCCAAUCGACAUAAACAUAUCUGUCAAGACCAACCAACAACUGAGCAAGUAUAAAGAUCUUGAAAUAGAAAUUGGCGAAAUGUGGAACCUGAAGACUAAAACAGUACCUGUUGUCGUAGUUGCCCUAGGAAUGAUAGCAAAAGGAGCCAAUUCCUACCUAACUCAGAUACCAGGAAACCCCAAAAUGGCAGAAAUUCAAAAGAUAGUACUCAUGGGAACUGCCCAUAUCCUACGUAAAAUACUGUCUAUGUAAUCUCAAAUUUUAAAACAAACUCAUAAUUUUGUUAUGGUAUCUUUAACAUUCUCCAGAACAAUACUAUGUGCAAAACCAAAUAUAUGACACCCUAGGCAUAACACCAACAUGUACUUCUAACUUGUCUCUUGAGGUCUCUGGGUGAAACUUGGAGUCAACUUGUACAAAUACAAAGCAAAGUCAAACAUAUAAUAGUAAUAAUAAGGAUAAUAAUAAUAAUAAUAAUAAUAAUAAUAAUAAUAAUAAUAAUAAUAAUAAUAAUAAUAAUAAUAAUAAUAAUAAUAAUAACUUUUUUUUGUUUUAUAGCUAAUAAAAAGCUAUAAAACAAAUGAAAAAAAGCUAUAAAACAAAUGAAAUAAAGCUAUAAAACAAAUGAAAUAAAGCUAUAAAACAAAUGAAAUAAAGCUAUAAAACAAAUGAAAUAAAGCUAUAAAACAAAUGAAAAAAAGCUAUAAAACAAAUGAAAUCCAAACUAAAACUAGAACAGCAACGGACCAUGAUAAAACGAUGGCAAGAAAAGCCCC